AUGGUCCUCACAGGCACCGUCUCGUCCGCAACAACUUACAAUGCCAUUCCCAUCUUCGCCCCGGCGUACCGACCCGCGAGUUUCCCUUCGCGCUUCUCAGACAUGACCUGUCUCGUUAUCAAGUAUCGAACAGAUGGUCAACAAAUCCGGGCCCUCCUUCCAGACAACCUAGCAAUUGAAGAACAACCCAUCAUCACCACGCGAUUUAUCUACUACGGAUGUUCACCCAUUGGCCCCUACCACGAGUUUAUCCAGAGCGUGGAGGUCACCUUCAAUGGCUCCAAGUACGAUUACUCGCUACUCAUCAUCCUGGACAACGAGGAUGCCGCUUACUCGGGACGAGAGCUGUGGGGGGCACCGAAGGUAAUGGGAUCGUUCGAGUUCCCCGACAAGCCAGAUGGGGUGAGCGGAUUCUUCCGCGGCAAUGUGAGUCGUCCGGUCGGACAUCCUAUCGCAGAGAUCCUGUUCAAACCCACCGUGCUCCUACCUAUCGAGCGCUUCAUCGAGCCCGAACUGAACAGUCUGUUCCUGCGCAUCAUCCCCUCUCCCAUGCCAGAGAAAACACCGCAUAUCCGACAGUUCACCGAGGUCGCGUUCAAGCUGGAGCACACGCAUAUUUGGGAGGGUGUGGCGUCCAUCGGGUUCCCCGCGCAGUCCAUGUUUGAUCCUCUGCACUUAACUCACGUUGAAGAAUACAUCUCGGCGCACUAUGCUAAGGGGAGUUCGGCUACAAUCUCGCCAGUCAAUAUACACGACUUCUAA